AUGUGGGGCAACAAUAUUCCUGUCCCCGGUGGUCUGAACAGUUUCGACGACAAGAAAACCACCCUGGACAAAGAAACAAUGCUCCGCUUCGCCACCAUGAGCACCACCAAANAACUUCACGUCGGCAUCGUGGGCGCAGGCUUCUCUGGCCUGCGCUGCGCAGACGUCCUUCUCUCCCACGGCCACCGCGUCACCAUCCUCGAAGCCCGCAACCGUGUAGGAGGCAGAGUAGGCCAAAGCAACCAUCUCGGCCAUACCGUAGACCUAGGCCCCAAUUGGAUCCACGGCACCGACGACAAUCCCAUUUUCGAAAUCGCAAAGCGGACGCAAACGGCAUUGCAUUAUUGGGAUGAAAGGCAACGGAUUCUAGAUACGCAGGGAAAACCGCUGAGUCAAGAAGACGCAGAGGAGUUUGGCCGUGUGCUUUGGGAAGAUGGAGUCAUUUCUAAGGCGUUCAAGUAUAGCAGGGAGAACACGGAGACUAUUGAUCCUGAACUGUCGCUUAUGGAUUACUUCAAACAAGAAGCAGAGAUGCUCUGGAAGGAUUUGGAUAAAGAGGAACAGAAACGUAAAAGACAGACUUUCUUGAAGGUAUGCGAGUUUUGGGGCAGUUAUGUGGGAAGUGCUACCACGCAGCAGAGUUUGAAGUACUUUUGGUUGGAAGAGUGUAUAGAGGGUGAGAAUCCGUUUGUUGCAGGCACGUAUACGAAGAUUCUGGAACAUGUGGCUAGACCAGCGUUGGAGAAGGCUGAGGUUAAGUUGGAGACCAAAGUCACAGGCAUCAAGGAAAAGAAGAAUGAUGAGGAUAAGGUGGAGGUGGAAGUCGAGGGAGGGGAGAAGUAUCAGUUCGAUGAGGUUGUCAUGACGGCACCCCUGGGAUGGUUGAAGAGGAACAAGAGCGUAUUUGUCGAUGGACUGACUCCCGAGCUGGACAAAGCCAUUGAUGCUAUCGGAUACGGUGCUCUGGAUAAGGUAACUUGCCUCACCAUCCCUCAAACUCUAGCGAACUAUUAUACUAACCAGUCAAACAGANUCUACAUCACCUUCCCAAGCGCCUUCUGGGAAGAAGCCACAUCCACAAAAGGAGAACCAAACGGCACAGCCCACCUUCCCACCGCCACCUCAGACACCCCAAACACAACAGCAACAACAACACCUCUACACCAAACCUCCACAACACCAACCUCAAACUAUCCAGGCUUUACCCACUGGCUCGCACCCACGUACGCCCCAUCCACAAACCCCAAACAAUGGGAUCAACAAGCCAUGAACCUCGCCGCUUUCCCUGGCGAUUUGUCUCAUCCAACACUUCUGUUUUAUAUUCAUGGUGCUUGCUCAGCACACAUCUCCUCCCUGGCCUCUCUGCCCCAACCCCAACGCGAUGAAGCACUCUACGCCUUCCUUAACCCCUACGUCUCCCUUCUACCCUCCUACAAUCCCACCUCUCCCUCCUGCAUCCCCAAAGCCAUAUUCGCAACUGCAUGGGCAGGUGAUGAAUUAGCCGGUUACGGCAGUUAUGCGAAUUUCCAAAUUGGGUUGGUGGAUGGAGAUAAACAUAUUGAGGUUAUGAGGAUGGGCAUGCCGCAAAAGGGGAUUUGGAUUGCGGGAGAGCAUACUAGUCCGUUUGUUGCUUUGGGAACGGCGACGGGGGCGUAUUGGAGUGGUGAGAGGGUUGCGUUGAGGAUUUUGGAGAGGGCUGUUGGGAAGGAGGAACAGAUGGGGAAGUAG